CCGCGCCCCGGCUGUAGCCGCCCGCAGGAACCAAAUGUCAUGGCUGACGAAGAGCUGAGUGCCCGAGCCACCAAAAAGGGAAGUUUGUCACCCAGCAGCUCCCGGGGCAGCACGACCGAGUCGAGCACGCUGCUGCAGGAGCUGAAGAGCACCAUCUCCAAAUCCGUGCAGAACAAAGUCGACUCCAUCCUGCAAGAUGUCCAGAAGUUUUCAGACAACGACAAGCUCUACCUCUACCUCCAGCUGCCAUCCGGACCAAGCCUGGGGGAGAAGAGCAGUAGCCUGGACCUGAGCUCGCUGAGCACGGCCGAGUACAUGCACGCGUGCAACUGGAUCCGGAAUCACCUGGAGGAGCACACGGACACCUGCCUGCCCAAGCAGGACGUCUACGAUGCCUACAAGCGAUACUGCGAUAACCUCUGCUGUCGCCCUCUGAGCACCGCCAAUUUUGGCAAGAUCAUCCGGGAGAUCUUCCCAAACAUCAAAGCCCGACGGCUGGGAGGCCGAGGACAGUCGAAGUACUGCUACAGCGGGAUCCGGAGGAAGACGGUGGUCAGCCUGCCGCCCCUGCCCAGUCUGGACCUCAAAGUGACGGAGACCCAGUCGGAGCUGACGGACCUGGUGCAGUCCUACAACAGCGAGGUGAUGGAGGCGGCCUGCGCCCUGACCUGCGACUGGGCCGAGAAGAUCCUCAAGCGCUCCUUCAACAACAUCGUGGAGGUGGCCCAGUUCCUCAUCCAGCAGCACAUCAUCAGCUCCCGCUCGGCCCACGCCGACCUGGUCAUGGCCAUGGUGGUCUCAGAGAGCACAGAGAAGAUCCACCGCGAGAGUCGGACCCUGGCGACGGCGAAGAAGAACGGCCUGGAUGCCUCCGAGAGCGGUGACAGGAGCCAGGGGCAGAUCAAGAAGGAGAGCGGCCCCAAGCCCCCUGUCCCACCCCGGCCGGAUAAGAAGCCACCCCCGGAGCCCCCCAAGGUGGCCAGCAGCCCCCAGGUGAAUGCCCUGGUCGCCCGCCUGCCCCUGCUCCUGCCCCGCAUCCCGCCGGGGGAGCGACUGACGGUGCCCGGUGCCGCCGCCGUCCGCUCCUCCCCUCCCGUCCUGGCGCCCAAAAUCACGGCCGCCCCCCUGGGGGGCACCGUCAAGGUGGCCCUGCCGCUGCCGGUGGGCACAGCCUCCCCCUCCCUGCCCCUGGGGCUGGCCCCGGGGGCCAACGGGCCGGCGGGGCUGCUGAGCCAGCAAGCCGCCGUCCCCGUCCUCAACGUGCUGCUCCCCGGCGUGGGCGUCCCCGCGGCCGAGAGCCCCGCCAACCCCCGGAGCGCGGGGAGCGGCGAGGGUCCCGGCCCCCAGGACUCGCAGCGCCCCAAGGCCACCAAGCGUACCCCGGAACCGGCCGGCGACGCCGCCCCGCAGAAGCGGAGACGCGGGCGGCCGCGGAAGAGGCCGGAGGAAGGGGGCGCGGGAUCCCCAGGGGAGACGGCGGAGCUUCGCCGUGGGACGGCUGCGGGUGCCGAUGGCGGUGGCUCUCCCGGCGGUGGCAGUGCCACCAGCCCCCUCGGGGACAGCCCGGCCGGGGGCUCCCUGCCCGCCCAGGUCAGCGUCAUCCAGGACGGCAGGACCGGUGCCAAGGUCGCCGAUGGCCGCGAGCUGGCACCCGAGGAGGAGGCGAUGCAGCGGAGCCUGGGCGAGGCCGGGUCCCCCAUGGGUGACGCCGGGGCUGCCGGGGGCUCCUGUGCCCCCCGGGAUGGGGGAGCCCCCCCCACCACACACCGCGACGGACAGACGCAGGCAGGGACCGGUCCCGCUGCUGCCGCGUCCCCCCGCGCCCCCGCCUCCCGGGGGGGCUCCCCGGGGCGGGCAGGGCUCUGCGCCCACCCUGGGACUUAGGGGCCCCCGCUGCCCCGCUGGGACCCUGUCAGGCGUGGGUGCCCCCCACGCCCUGCCCUGCGCCCCGCCAUUAAAAACCAAGCACUCUGUC